AUGCGACAACGCCCUUCGGUUUCAGCCGACGAUGAUACGCACCGCCUUGGAAGUGUCUCUGCGAUAGCCGUUACCGACGCGACAGGCGGCAGGGCGGAGAUGGGACGGGAGGUGGUGAGGUCGCCUGCUAAGGCUUCGACGAGAGCGCCAGAGAAGAAGACAGGUGCUGGUAGAGGGGUACCUGUCGAGGAGGCUGCGUUGGUGCACCCGCCAGCAUGGUCGGAAGGUGGGCAUACAGAUGCGAUACAGCAUGAAAUAGAUGGUCAGAAUGUAGGCAAGGAGGCGUCAGAGGGUAUGGCGGAUAGGCUUGAUCGGCAACGCGCGCGGACAAGAGGACCAUGGUCGUGCUCACUGCUCACACUCGCCACGACUGCGUUUGCGAUUAUGAUGCUGGCAACCAUAGUACGAUCGUUCCUCACGUUACAAAUGGACCCCAAAGGAUGCGCCAUGUCAUACAUGAUGCCAGCGUUUGCACACUUCUCCGACUUCGACACAGAGCAUACGCGCUUUGCCAGCAAAUACUCCCUGUACCUAUACCGAGAGGGAGGGGUAGACGAGGAUACGCGCGUGAAGGGCAUACCUGUCAUCUUCAUACCUGGGAAUGCUGGGAGCUACAAACAAGUGCGACCAAUCGCAGCAGAGGCUGCGCAUUACUUCCACGACGAACUCCGGGAGGACUCCGAGGCCAUAGGCAAUGGCAAGCGACCACUGGACUUCUUCACAGUGGACUUCAACGAGGAGCUGUCCGCUUUUCAUGGACAAACUCUACUGGAUCAGGCUGAGUAUCUCAACGAGGCGAUAGCAUAUAUUCUGGCUUUGUACCACAAUCCUCAUCGAUCACAGCGGGAACAUGGUCUGCCAGAUCCCAAGUCCGUAAUCAUCCUUGGUCAUUCCAUGGGUGGUGUAGUUGCAAGGACGAUGUUGCGUAUGCCAAAUUACCAGGAGAACACAAUCAACACGAUCAUCACCUUGAGUGCGCCGCAUGCACGUGCCCCAAUCUCCUUCGAUGCGGAGAUGGUGGCGACGUACAACGACAUCAACACUUUCUGGCGGCAAUCUUACACUACGGCCGACCCGAGGAGAAAUCGUCUGGCAGAUGUGACUUUGGUCUCGGUAGCUGGUGGCGGACUGGACACAAUGAUCCCAUCUGAGUACUCCAGCUUGACAUCUCUGGUACCAGAUACACAUGGCUUCACUGUCUUCACGUCUGCGAUACCCUGUGUAUGGACUGGUAUGGACCACUUGGCCAUUAUGUGGUGCGAUCAAUUUCGCAAAGCGCUGGUCAGAGCCGUCUUUGACGUUGCAGAUGUGAGGCGGUCGUCUCAGACACUACCACAGGCUGAGCGAAUCAAAGCGCUGAGAAAGCGUCUUCUCACUGGCAUGGAGUCGGUCGUUGAGAAGGCAGCACUUGAGCAGGAACCUACCACAUUCUUGACCUUGGAGCAUAGCUCGACUAAGAUCAUGUCCCAUGGAGAGCGCCUUGUGCUACGAAAUAUCGGAGGUUCCACUAGGACCAGAGCACAUCUUAUGCCGAUUCCGGUGCAGCCAUUCGUCGAAGGAAGCAAGCUGACGAUGCUCACCGACCAGACGCUGGACACUGGUCUCAACAAUGGCUCGGUGGCAACACUGCUGUGCAGCGUCUUCCCACCAACGGGAGGCUUGGGCGGCUUAAUGUUCGCAAUCAAUAUGGAUGUCAACCCGAAUAGCGCAGGCUCAACACGCCUGGCCUGCAAGAAUGUCGCGUCUGACGUUUCGUAUCUACCUGCAUCCACAAACACGUCAGUUAACGCUUUCGACGACGCACCGCCCUUCAUUUACCUACAGUAUGACCUGAAGGACCUACACGAUUAUCAAUUCAUCGCGGUCGUCGAGCAGACCACUGAGCCAAGCAAUGGUUGGCUCAUUGCAGAGUUCAGCUCGGGUGCUGACAAUACCAUCAUGAUCAGCAAAGGCCACCAUCAGCUGCUGAUGAAUGGGCUACGGCGUCGCUUACCCGCCGGUGGACCCAUGAUGACGGAGCUGAAGAUCCCGGAAGUCCACUCGACCCUCUUCGCAUACUACCUGCACGUCCGCCAUCACAAGUGCGAGUCACAGCAUGAGGAAAUCUUCUCGCCACUUCUGCGGCAAUACAUUCAGGAGCCGUACGAGUCCAAGUAUUUCGUGAACACACAAGGUGGCAACAUCAACGUGCACGGACUCUCACCAUAUAUGCCGCCUCCACUCAGCGGUAAAGGUGCCACAGAAGGCCUAUCGCUACAGCUCUGGGCUGACCCAACGUGCAACUCGACUGUGAAAGUAUCCCUCAAAGUCGACAUAGUGGGCAGUGCCGGCAAGCUGGUCAUGCGCUACAGGACUGUCUUCGCUUCCUUCCCACUGCUUGUCGUUGCCGUCGUGCUACGCAAGCAGUUCAAGGUCUACGACACUACAGGCGUCUUCAUGAGUUUCUCACACGCCACGGAUCAGUGUAUCCGCACGUCCCUACCUGCAGUCUUUACAGCACUUACCUUCCUUGCAGUCGCCUUGUCAAAAGCUACACAAGGUCCCUGGGCACGGAGGUGGUUCAGCAAUUCGACCGGCGCUAGUAUGGAGGAAAUCGACUUUACCAUCAACGACUUCAUGCUGGGAACUUCGGAUCCAUUUUUCUGGUUCUUGGUGCCUCUAUUUGGCGUCAUCAGCGUGGGUAUCUGUAUUGCGGGCAACUACUUCGUACUCACCAUCACGCAUCUACUCACUGCGAUACAUGGCAUCGUCCGAAGCUUGACGACACGAGGCGAUGACGCUCGAACACCGGCGAAUGCCUUCGCGAUGACCGCACCUUAUCAGCGGAUGGUCAUCACCGGCAUCCUACUACUCAUGGUCAUCACAAUCGUACCAUAUCAAUUCGCAUACGUUGUGCUCUGCAUAGUCCAAAUCGCAACAUGUGUCCGGGCGUUGCGAGUAGCAUUUGACGAUCUAUCUGGACAAAGCUACAACUUCUACAACUAUGCGCACUCGAUGCUGGUGCUGAUGCUUUGGAUACUACCAAUAAAUAUGCCGGUCCUGGCAGUCUGGAUACACAACCUCGCGGUGCAUUGGUUGACACUCUUCUCGACCCAUCACAAUUUGCUCUCGGUACUACCGUUUAUACUUAUCGUUGAGACGAUGAGUACGGGUAGUAUGGUGCCGAGAGUGACGAGUCGGGUACGAUACAUCACGAACAUCUCAACCUUUGGCUUCGCUCUCUACGCCGCCGUCUACGGCGUCACCUAUGCUUACCGACUCCACCACAUGGCCAAUGCAUUAUGCGCAUGGCUCUUCAUAAUACAUCUAUCCAAUGGUCCACUGUCGCUGGCGAAGCUGGGCCAGUAUUUACCCAGGUCGAGAGGGGCAUCGGGGUCGGCGUCGCAAGGAGGUCGGCAUGUUAAGAAACGGCCUUAG